GCCGCCUGUUUCAAGACUUCGCGUUAUGUUUCAAUGAUCUCUAAGGAGGAUCAAGAAGGUCUUUUAGAGGAAUGUCUAUGCACUGUUAGACAGUAUGCUUGUCAAAUGGAAUGCUGUCUGGUUAGGAAUGUUUUUUUAACUUCGUUGUAGGAAAAAAGAUAUUUGGUUGACGCUAUACAACAUGCUGCUAAUAUGCUUUUGGAGAUGAAAAAUUAUUCUUUGUCACCAAAAGCGUACUAUGAGUUGUAUAUUGUUGUUACAGACAAACUACGCACUCUGGAAUCCUACCUUAUCGAAGAACACAAAAGUGGACGCAAGGUUUCAUAUUUAUAUGAAACUGUUCAAUAUAUUUCAAAUAUUCUUCCUAGAUUGUACUUACUUAUUACUGUUGGAGUUUAUCAUAUUAAGUGUUCCGACCUGUCGCGACGUGAAAUUCUUCGUGAUCUGGUAGAAAUGUGUUCUGGUGUACAGCAUCCUACAAGAGGUCUUUUUUUGAGAAGUUAUCUAUUGCAAUCACUACGAAGUGAUCUUCUCCCAGAUAUUGAGGACUCACCAUCAACACAUACAGCUGUAAAUGAAACGGAAGAUGAUAGCAACAAAAGUAGUGGUAAAUUAUCACCUGAUGAGAAUAAACUAGACGAUAACAAUAAUAAUAAUGAUGACGGUGAACAAAAGAUUAGUCAAAAAUCAAUUCAUGUUUACUCACAAGGGACAAUCGCUGAUAGUAUAAACUUCCUAUUAUUCAAUUUUUCGGAAAUGAAUAAACUUUGGGUACGAAUGCAACAUCAAGGACAUACCAGAGACCGUGAAAAGCGAGAACAAGAACGUCGAGAAUUACGUAUACUUGUUGGUGCAAAUUUAAAUCGAUUAUCCCAACUAGAAUCAAUCAAUGUUGAGCGAUAUAAAACACAAGUCCUACCACCGAUUUUGGAACAGAUUAUUGAAUGCCGUGAUGUUAUCGCACAAGAAUAUCUCAUGGAUGUGGUCAUACAGGUUUUUCCUGAUGAGUUUCAUUUGGCCACCUUACCUCUGUUGUUGCGUACUUGUAAUCAUUUACAAGCUGGUGUGAAACUGAAGCCGAUUGUUUGCAGUCUUAUCGAUCGUUUGUCUAAACAUGUAGCUACUGAAUUAGAAGCUGGACGUGAAUUAAAAAUUGAAGUAUCAUGCAAUAAUUAUUCACCAAUUAAAGCAAAAACUUCUUGUAAUAAUAUCAACGGUAAUGAUAAUAAUAAUAAUAAUAAUAGUAAUAAUAACGGCAAUCAUUCUUCUCUACAUAAUGAAGAAGAUAUAUCUUUAUCAACAGUUUAUGAUGUUCAAUUAAAAAACUCUAAUCAAAAUCAAGAGAACAUAAUAAAGAAUGAAAUGAAUACUUCUACUAAUAUUGAUCAAACUUCCAUGUCAACAAAAACAACCACAACCACAACAACUGAUCUUUUCUCAUUAUUCUUCUAUGAAGUAAAUCAAAUUAUUCAUGCACGUUUAACAUUAUGUGAAUUAACAUUGAAUAAUUUACAAUUAUCAUCAUCGUCAUCAUCUAAUAAUAAUAAUAAUAAUAAUAAUAAUAAUAUGAAAACUCGUCCUACAAUACAAACUGUAGCAAUAAUGAAUGGUUUACCAUUAGAAGAUAUUCCAGCAUUUUAUUCAGUUUUAGUUUAUUUAGCUAUGAUAAUUCAUCCAAAUAAUUGUUCUUCCUUAAUUGAUAUUUGUUUAAAUGCUACAGCGGAUGCAUUGAAUCAUGUUGGUCUAGUUCUAAUACCUUCAGGAUCUUCAUUAUCACGUGAUUUACUUCGCCUCCUGUAUCUACCAUUAGAUGGUUCAUUUCCCCAAUCAAUGAAUGGUGCUCAUCGUAUAAGUGCUCCUAUAUCAUCACUUAGCGAUUUACGCACAGUGCUAGGAAUGUCCGGAUUUCGACGUUUAGUUUCAUUAUUAGAUCCAAAAACUACCAAAUGUCGAUUAGCUUAUGAUCUAUUGAAUGCUGCUUUAGAACGUGAUCAACGUCAGCGUCAAGUGUUACAAUUUACUCAAAAUAAUUACAAACAAGAUAUAAGUAAAGAUUCAUCAUCGUCAUGUGCUCAUUUAUCAUCACGUUUGACUACUGAAGCAGAUCUAGAUAAUUUAUUUGAAUUAAUUGAUGGAUUGUUAACAACUGAUCCUAAUGCAUGUGAAGAUCCAAAUGAAUUUAUUGAUGCACAAAGUUUAAUAGCUGGUAUGCUACAUAUUCUAGGACCAAGUCCUAAAAGUCUAGAUCCAGAUAUAUGUUUCAAAUUGUUUACAAAAGCUCAAUUACGUUUAGAACAAGCUGGACAUGCUAUUGUUCGUUUUAAUUUUCCUGCACUUGUUUUUCAAAGUCUUCAAUUAAUACAAACCUAUUAUGAAUUACGUAAUCAAAAUUCUAAUUGGGAAGAAAGUGUUACAAAUGUAGUGAGAUUUUGUCAUCGUUGUUGUACAUGUUUAGUAGCAGCUGAUGCAUCUGAAUCAGCCUUACGAUUAUUUUUAUACUCAGCACUGGUGAUUGAUAAAAUACAAUUUACCAAUCAAGAAUCAAUGAUAUAUGAGUUUAUUUCACAAGCGCUUACACUUUACGAAGAAGCUGUUUCAGAUUCUCAUGCACAAGUUGAAGCAAUUGCAUUAAUUACUAGUACUUUAUAUCAAAUUAAUUGUUUUACUGGUGAUAAUCAAUCUACAUUACGUACUCAAUGUACACGAGCUGCAGCACGUCUACUACGUAAACAUGAUCAAUGUCGAGCAGUUUGUGCAAGUACACAUUUAUAUUGGCCAACUAAACCAUUAGUUAGGAAAGGAAUUAAGCCAAGUCUACUUAUCCCUGUGACAGAUAAUAAUCCUGAAAUUUCAACUUAUGCAAAAUUAUCUGAAACCGAAGGAUUAUCAGAUGAAUAUUACAAUAAAUUACGUGAUCCAAAAGGUGUGAUUUCAUGCUUAGAUCGAGCGGCUAGAUUUGCCAAAGAAUGUAUGGAUACUGCUGUUCGUGCACAAUUAUUUAUUGAUAUUCUUAAUCUAUCUGUUAAUCUUCGUUUAUCUGGUUGUGAACAAAUAACUGAUGACCGAAUAAAUGAUAUCAUUAGUGAGAUUAGAAAUUUACUGAACAGUUUGGAACCAUCUCCUGUCACUGAUCAUAUAACAGUACAUUUUAAGAAUACUUUAAAUUAUAUACGAUAUGAACAACAACAGACUACUGCUGCUGUCAGUGAUUCAGUCAGCAUCAGUGUUGAUACUGAUCCCGAUGUUCAGUCAUUAAGUAGCAAACUAUUUGAAUCUGUUCAAUUAUAAUGACAGAAUGGUUCUGUUUACUAUUAUUAACAUUCUUAUUACAUGAUGUGUAAUAAUUUAGUUCAGAAAAAUAACUGACAUUUCUUUCUCUUGAAAAAUACAACUAUUGACUACUAGUCUCACAGGAUCUUGUGUUUCUAUAUGUUUUGUGGGUGUAUUUUCAUUCCGAGUGAUUUAACAGAGAGAAAACGAUGCCAAACGGUGAUCAUUCAAAUCAUUUCGAUUCAUCUGCUUAAUUUAUUUGUUUUUAUAUAUAUCACAUAAAUUCGUCUUCCUUUGGGGACCUUCAUACGUUGUCUGUUAGAUAUAUACAUGGUGUAUACAGAUACACAUAAAUAACCUGUCAUGUAUGAUUGGUGAUUUAUAGUUGUCCAAAACCUGCAUUUUGAUUUCUCUCAAUUUUAAUAAUUAUGUAACUUUCAUUUAUUGUGACAAAGAAAUUGUGUUGCUAUGCUAAACUUUCUUGACAAAUGUUGUCUUUCGUGUAGACAUUUAAUAUUGUACCACAUUAAAUGAAUAUUAUUUCUAUGCUUCCUUCCUUUCCAAAGAAUCAUUUAUGUGUGUCUGUCUGUUUGUAAAACUAGUUUUAUGACCGUCCAUUCCUAUUAAAUAUGCUGAUCUUUACUUCACUAGUCAUAUAAAAAGGUGAUUUCAUUUUUUUCUUAAUUUGAUUUAACACUACUUACGAUUCGAAUACAUGUUAGUUUCUGAGUAGAUUCAUUUGAUUUUUUCAUUAAAAAUAACUGAUCUUAGUAAUGUUAUUACAUUGGUCAUUAUUGUGUUACUGAACCGUUUCAUAUUUUUAAGUAAUGUGCCUAGGGGUAUGUCUUACCGUGUUCCGAUUUCCCCUUUGCAAUUAAGCUACAGCGUAAAAUAAUAGAAACAACGUUAUGCUUCUUCAAGACACUGAUAUGAUGUGAAUUGAUUCGGUUACCUGCUUGAUAUGAAUAUGACUAGUCGACUAACUUUUAUGGGAGCAUUCAACUAACAAAUCAAUGAAAUCGCUUCCAGAAAAAAACUCAAACAGAUAUUGUAAAUCUUGAUUCGUUACGUUUAGAGACAAAAAAUAAAUGCAAAGUUUUCUUCGGUGAGUUAUUCGAUACUCACGUACUUGUAGGACUGAGCUUUGUCUAUGGACACUGAAUUUAUCUUAGAUCUACUAUCAUCAACAUCAUGGAAUAGUAUUAUGUUCUGUGGCAAAUAUUGAGAAUUGCGCAACUUUUCUAAGACAAUCUCAAUUUUGAAGUGCACGCUUGAUUAAUGCAUUAAAUGUUAUCAAAAUUUGUAAUCAGUUGAAUCAUCGGUUAAAAAAAUGAACCUGGCGAUAAUCAUUUGUGAUAUGGCGAAUAAUAAUUUAAUCAGUCAGGGUGCAAAUGACAUAUGAAAUUGAUUUCUUUUCUUCAGUUUUAUGUGACAUAUAUUCACAACUUAAGAAGGAUUAUAGAUGCCUAAUUAUAUAAUAUGCCAAAUGUAUGUUCACACCCAGCCGUUCUGCUACCUUGAAGUGGUGGUUGUGCUUGCCUAUCGUGAUGAACCAGUCAGGCUAUACUGGCUGUAAUAGUUGUUCCUCAAGGUCCUAUC